CAGGUGUUUCAGACAUUCUGGUUAUGACCCAACAAACAGGAUUUAAAGACCUGCAGUUUCCAUCAAAGCUAUUGGGCCACAAAAUAACUCAGCCAGUUUAUGUGUCAAAACUCCUCAUUGUAACAUGGGGGCUUCAUUUUCACUACAAUUGACUCUUUGGUUUCUUGUAAAAGGAAACGCAGCAAUCGGUAAACCUGAUCCUCUACCUCAUACCGCUACAUUAUGUGGGUAAUCAAAGUACGGAAGCAGUUCCCUCUGGGAGGUACAGCACCGCCAUCAUCAUCAACAUGGCCGCCGCUCCCAAAGACAGCGCAGUUCGUCUUCGUUCCUACCAAGACGAGAGCUAUUUGCAUGGGUUUCUUGGAACUGUGGGCGACUUACAGAAGGCUGGGAUACUGCAGGAUGUCGUCCUUGAAGUCGAGGGCCGGCGGUUUCCCUGCCAUCGGCUUGUUCUGUCCGCGGCCAGCCCCUACUUCAGGGCCAUGUUUACAAGUGACAUGGCGGAAAGUCGUCACAAGACGGUUGUAUUACAGGGUUUAGAUGUGGCCAUGUUUGUGGAGAUCCUGAGUUACAUCUACUCUGGAACCCUCCAUGUGUCCCUGGACAAAGUGCAGCCCCUGUACCAGGCAGCCGACCUCCUCCAACAGGACUAUGUGAGAGACACCUGCAGCAGCUACAUGGCCUUCAAUGUGGAACAUGGCACCUGUGUGGAGCUGUACAAGUUUGCUGAUGUCUUCUCUGUGGACAUUGUCCUGAAGCAUUGUCUGCAGUGUAUCUGCAAGCACUUUGUGACGCUUGCAUCCAGUGAUGAGUUCUGCAGCCUGAGUGUGAAUCAGCUGACUAAGAUCAUCAGCUACGAUGAGCUGGAUGUUAAAGAGGAAACAACAGUGUGGGAGGCUGUGGUGAGAUGGGUGCAGCACAGCAGGGAGGACAGGCUGCACCACCUUCCCAGCAUCCUCCCUCACAUCCGCUUCAACCUGAUGACCCCAGAGGACAAGACAGCCAUCUUGGAACACCCUCUGGUCAGGGAGGAUCUUGGGAGUUCUAAAGUCAUCAGGGAAAGGGCAAAGAAAAGGAAACUGAAGCCGAGACUUGGGAUGACAACGGAAAUGCUUCUGCUGUAUGAUAUGGGGAAAGGCGAUCUCCUCUUCUUGAACCCUCAGAAAGGGAAGUACAUCAGUGACGAAGAUGAUAUCUUUCCUGAUAGCGCUGGUAAAACUUUCACCAGUGAUUAUAACAUUUAUGCGCUAGAACAUGACUUAGACGAUUCCGGUCAGAUGUCCAUGUUCAAGUACAACCAUGCAGGCAAUGAGUUUGAAGAUGCUGGUAUGUCUACAGUAUCAAAGUUCCAGAGAGAGUACUCCGGUUGGCCCACUUACUGGGGCGAGUCCCUUAUUGAAGUUGAUCAGAUUUUAUAUUACAUCGCUGCUAAUUUAGGAGAAGGCAGUGGAUGGGUCCGUAUGAAAAAGUACAGUCGGCAGAAGGACCAAUGGCAGGAGUGUUCACAGCUGCGACUUGAUGGAACUUGGCAUCGCAGCGCCGCAUUGUCCUGUGGUCCGUACCUCUAUUUCAUCCUGACCUCAGCAAUGUAUUGCUACGACCCAAGUCAGGACUGUUGGAGCGAGCGAAACCCACCAAAUCUUGAGACUCGUCACUCGUUCCUCACAGCUGUUGCCAUGGGAACAGAGAUUUUCUGCACAGAUAUCGACUUCAAUCAAACUAGGGUGUAUGACACAGAGUCAGGUCAUUGGAAGACACUGCAAGGCUGGCCGAAUCAGGGAAACCUUCGUACCCAUGAGUAUCCACAUCUUUUUGUACUUGAGAACCAGCUGCAUGUACUUUUAGAUGUCUAUGACACUGCCAAAGAAGGACCAUCAGGAAAGUAUCUGGUGUAUGUGUAUGACAGGUCUGCUGAUGCCUGGAGAGACUUGAAGGCCGUCCUUCCUGAUAAGGAAUAUCAUAUACUUGACCGUCUGUCCUCUGUGGCACGUUUAUACCUACCUUUUCUAAAGGGAGCACAAAAUCUCAUCACCUCUUAUGCAAUCCGGCAGGAUAAGAACACAGAGAGUAUGGCAUAGUCUACUACAUACAGCCAAUGCAGGGCAGAACUGUUAAGUUAAAGAACAUUUUUGUUUAGGUCUGGAUUUUACCAUAUGUUACUAUAAUUGUGUUAAUUGUUGAGACCACUCUUGUGUAAUGGGAUGAAGUUUGUCUUAAUAUGUUUAUCAACACAGAUGACGGUUUGUGA